AUGGCCGCUGGAUCCCCCAAGAGUGCCAAGAGGAAGGCCUCAGAGGAGGCAGCUUCCCCGGACUCUCAGCACCAAGCCAGUAAGAAAGCACGCACCGAUUCACCAGAGAAAGAGGAAGAGAGUCCAUUGCGCAAGCCACCACUGCGUAUUGUUCCAUUCCCGGAGAAACCUGCUGUCCUAGAAGAGCGUCGAGGAGAUAUUGAGUUCCGUGUGGUCAACAAUGAUGGAUCGCAUGAUAGCUUCAUCGUGCUUACAGGCCUGAAGUGCAUCUUCCAGAAGCAACUGCCGAAGAUGCCGAAGGACUACAUUGCCCGACUCGUCUACGAUCGUUCACACUUGUCAAUUGCCAUCGUCAAGCAUCCUCUUGAGGUUGUUGGCGGAAUCACUUACCGGCCCUUUAAUAGCCGCAAGUUCGCGGAGAUCGUCUUCUGCGCGAUUUCCUCUGACCAGCAGGUCAAAGGGUAUGGUGCUCACUUGAUGUCUCACUUGAAGGACUACGUGAAAGCCACCUCCCCGAUUAUGCAUUUCUUGACGUAUGCGGAUAACUAUGCCAUCGGAUACUUCAAGAAGCAAGGAUUUACUAAGGAGAUUACCCUUGACAAGUCAAUCUGGAUGGGAUACAUCAAGGAUUACGAAGGAGGUACGAUCAUGCAGUGCACCAUGCUUCCCAAGAUUCGGUAUCUUGAAAUGGGGCGGAUGCUCUUGAAGCAGAAGGAAGCCGUGCAAGCAAAGAUUCGUGCAUUCAGUCGGUCGCAUAUUAUCCAUCCAGCCCCCAAGGAAUGGAAGAACGGAGUAUGCAAGAUCGAUCCUCUUUUGAUUGCAGGAAUCAAGGAAUCCGGAUGGUCACCUGAUAUGGAUGAACUGGCCCGCCAGCCUCGCCAUGGUCCAAACUACAACCAACUGCUCCACCUAUUGAAUGAUAUGCAGAAUCAUAGUGCCGCCUGGCCGUUCACUCAACCGGUGAACCGUGAUGAAGUGCCGGAUUAUUAUGAAGUGAUCCUGGAGCCAAUGGAUCUGUCUACCAUGGAAGAGAAGCACGAGAAGGACAUGUACCCGACCCCACAAGAUUUUAUCAAGGAUGCGAUGUUGAUUUUCGACAACUGCCGACGAUACAACAACGAGAACACCCCCUACGCCAAGAGCGCCAACAAACUCGAGAAGUUUAUGUGGCAACAGAUUCGGAAUAUCCCCGAGUGGUCGCAUCUUUCUGAUGGACAUUGA